UAAAAAAGCAACUUAUCAUCCACGUGCGCGAACUGCGAUAAGUUCUGAGAUAAGCCGAGGCAGAGCAGACGAAUAGCACCCAAAGAUAAACGCACAGGCGUCAUUUUUCUUAUCCCCUAAAUCUGUUUCAGAGUCUAAUUCCUACCCCUCUUCUCCUUCUCUUCUUGUAAAUCUUUUACGACAUGGAAAAGCUUUGACUCAACCUAGAGAAUCCAGUACCCAGCAAUGUUACACAGGCUUCACAAAGCCCUACAAUCUUCUCAACCACUCAGUGUUCCUUCUCCGACACUCUUACCAUCGUCUCCUUCACGACUCCACCCACCACCCCCCACGUCGUCCCCAUCUCUUCCCAUUCUCAACCUCCAAUGCAGACUAUCACGUCGACAGCUCACAUUAUGCAGCAGCUCUUGCUUGCUCCUUCUCCUGGGCGCCCAUGGGCUGCCUCUUCCCCCGUCUUUAAGAGCUCAAGAAAGUGACCAGACUGCUGAGAACCCGCCAGUCUAUGCUAAUGGCUGCACCGAAAGAAAACCCACCAAGACCGUGUUCUUUGACAUCUCCAUUGAUGGUGAACCUGCUGGUCGCAUUACCAUGGGGCUAUAUGGAGAUGAUGUCCCCACUGGGGUUGAUAGGUUCAGUAAGAUUGUAAGCGGAGCGGCGGGCAUUAGCUACAGAAGAAAAGAGUUUAUCAAAAUCAUGCCUAACUACGUGCAACAUGGUGGACUUAGAUCCUAUGGGGUGGAUGCAGAACUUGCAAAUAGAUCAGGAACCAAUUUUGGAAGGGAGACCCUUGUUGAAGAGUGGGAGAGAGCAUACGAGGGGUGUCCAGGCACAAAGAACUUGGCUGGAAGCGUAGGCAUUAUUGUGAGAGAUCCAUCAAAACCCCCUCCAAAGCUGAAGCUGGUUGCAAAAAAAGGGAAGCUAGAGAUUGAUCAAGAAGAGGUUGGAGUUGAACCCAAUGGGACUGAGUUUGUGAUCGCCACAAAGGAUUCUCCGGAACUGGAUGCAUCAGCUCUUGUCAUUGGAAGAGUGGUGGAAGGAAUGGAGGUUGUAAAGAGGAUUGCACAGGUGAAAACUGUACAGGAGAAUGCUGGUUCUCCUUAUUUCAGGGUAGCAAAACUAAUAGGAGACAAGAGGGCUGUUGUAGCAGAAAGAGGAUUCAACCGCCCUUAUUUAAAAGUUGUGGUUACAGACUGUGGUGUAUUGGAGUGACAACAAUCGAUGGAGAGCUGACUAUCAAGAGGUCAUUCAACUAUCGCGAAUGGGCUUGCUUGGGAAUAGGCUGUAGCUGUACUGUGUUCAAAACUUCAAAUAAACAUACAGUAACGUGAUUCCAAGAAUUCUUGUCCACCAUACUGUCAUCCACCAGGAUUAACAGGCCAUAUACUAGUCUAGUUUCCAUUCUAACCGUCCAGUUAUCGUGCACAAGCUAUAUCUGCAAGAAAUACCUUAAGAAUAGACGUGGAUAAUGGAAAUCUACUUGGUAAAGUAUCCGAACAAUUUUUAUGAUGUUAGGCAUUACCACCCUGGUUCCACAUCACUUAUUGAAGCAAUUCAGGGACAGCAGUGCCUGUGUUGCCUGAUUGGAUCAAACUUCA